AUGUCUUCUUUGUUCAACACCACCGCAACUCUCAGACAUGUGACUGCUUUACCCGAGAACCUCAACCCUGCCAAGGGCAUCCAGCUGCUGCACGACCACUCGCUAGUUAUACAGUCCAACCCCCUGAUGACAAAGUACGAAGCCAUCAGCAGGCCUACAGAACACCAGCCCAAACUGCCCGAGGGGCGUGGCCUCGACGGUGCCGGUUCGCCAAAGCACUAUCGAGUCACAGACAAGGUCCAUACACUCCCAGCCGGCUUGUGGGACUCGGAUGUGGUUAGCACGUAUGAGUUCUUCAAUCUGGAGAAUGGCGUGUUUGUGAGAAUACGGAGCCCUCUGGAUACAACCAUGGAGACUGUGUGGAGCGUCCAGGAGAGAGCAGAAGCUGACGGACAUGAGCUGGUGGAAGAGGUUGUGGUCAAAUGCUCGCGACUAAUACUUGGUGCCGUCAAAAGUCUUUGUGAGUCGGGCUGGAGGAGUAUGCACGAAAAAAUGGUGCAAAUGAUGCAGCACGAGGCGUGA